AUGCCCGCGGUGUUACCAAUCCCACUUGAUCACGUCUAUCAACGCCACCUCAAACCUCAUCCAAUCAAUCCACCUGCGAUACAACCUCAUCCACUCCAUCAGCUCAUCAUCCACCCCAAUCCCAUCAUUGACAAAGCCCCAAAUCACCAUCAAAUCCCUCCGAAACCUCAAAACGACCUUUUAGAGGCCUUCAAACCCACAAUUGAGCCUCGCAAAAGUCCCAGAUGUGCAGAACUGAAGCCACAGGGCUUCUACAGGGCUUUGCAUGAAGGACAAAGUGUCGCAUCAGCCGCACUGAUCCCACCGGAUGAGUCAGGCAAUGAAAACAGCGACAACAGAGCUUACACAAGCGCCUGCCUCCUAGCUGCAGAUCUGGACGCACAACUCAACAGCAACACGCCAACAAUGGCUGAAGCGCCACAAGGACCACAUAGAGACAAGUGGUUAGAGGCUAUUAAUGAAGAAUUCAGGCAAUAG